GGUCAGCUGUGAGGUCGGCAUUCGGCGCUCUACUGUUGGCUGGCAGCUUGGCCGUUGGCACUCCUCCGUCUGGGGCGGCCAUGGCAGGGCUUGGAGGGCUAGUGCGGAAAGCUCAUGAAUAUUUAAAAACCAAGGAGUUCCGGGAUUACUUAAUGAGCACCCACUUCUGGGGUCCGGUGGCCAACUGGGGCCUUCCACUGGCCGCCUUCAAGGAUAUGAAGGCGCCUCCCGACAUCAUCAGCGGCCGCAUGACGACGGCGCUCGUCUUCUACUCCAUGGCUUUCAUGCGCUUUGCCUACCGGGUCCAGCCUCGAAAUUACCUGCUGUUGGCAUGCCAUCUCACCAACGUGGUGGCGCAGACCAUUCAGGGCUGCCGUUGCGUGAAGCAUUACUACUUUGGUGGGGCCAAGGCCAGCAAACCUUUGGCCAAAUAAGCUUGAUGACUGGGGGAUGGGAGGAGUAGCCUAAGCCAGACUUUUAAGCACUGGACUCUAUUCCUCCUAAAGAAAAUACCAAGGAAAACGUUGGUUUGGACUCUAAAACAGUGCAACCCCAAUUGAAACCUGAAGUUUGAUUAAUUAAUAAAAAAAAAAAAAAAAAAAAAAAAAAA